CGCGAAUGAUCAGACGCGGAAGGCCGCGGCCCCCGGCACGUGGGCGCGCUGCUCGCGCAAGGGGCAGGGCGAGACCAAGUGCUGGCUCGAGGGUCUCGCGCGGGUGAGUCGCCCGGUGGACGGUGGCCUCGGGGAGAACCGUACCUGGCGUCCAGGACGGGCUGGGCCAGUGGCCUGGCUGGUCCGGGCAGGCCGCUUUAUCGAGGUGGACCUGUGCCAGAUCCGAGCAGCGGCGGCGCGCGAGAUCGCCUGCGCGGAGCUCCUGGGCGGCGAGGGCACUCCAUGGGCAGUGCGCACUUUCGUGAACCAGGCGAUGAAGCAAGAGUGCCUGGACUUCUCAGGCCACGACCCCGCCGAUCAGCACGAGAAGAUGGAGCUCUCCUUCCCGGCCAGUGCGGGAGUCGAUCCGAAGAAUGGGAAGCAUCCAGGCGGCGCCUCAGACGGGGUGAAGGCAGCGAGAGCUGCGGCAGCCAAGGAGACAAUGAAGGAGAGAGCUGCCCUCAUGGCCAAGGCCUCGCCAGUUGCCCGGGCUUUCUGGGCAGGGCAGGGUGCGUCGCUGGAGGUAGACGAGACCAGGGGCGAGAAGAAGCCGAAGGCCAGGAUCGUGGUUCUGGGCUACAUGGGCCCAGAGUAUGAGCGCUGCCCGACGACGACACCUGCCAUGACACGUGCAUCUCGGCAUGUGGUGCUGCAAGUGAUGUCAUGGCUUGGCUUCGAGGGUUCAAGGCAGAUGUGGCCGGAGCUUUCGCGCAGAAUCGGGAGAUCCAGCAUGACCUUCGUGGUGCCAGUCAAGGAGCUGGCCGCUGCCCUUGGGGUGUCCGACGGCUCCGCGACGAGGCUUCGGAAGGCCGUGUGCGGGCUCGUGGAAGCAGCCGUCGAGAGGUUCAUGGCAGUCACUGAGGACAAUGGCUUCGCUGUGGGGGCGCCGCGGGGCUUCGCGGGCCCCGAGAAGCUGGACAUGCUGGUCGCGGCGAAGGGCGACCGCGACAUCAUAGCCAGUGCCGGCUCGCACGUAGACGACCUCCUGAUUGGGGGGAAGGAGUCUGGCCCGCGGCCCGUCGAAGCGCGGGGGAAGAUUGAGGGGCGCUUCAAGUGGAAGACCGGGGGGGCCGACGAGUUCAUGCAGACUGGCGUCCGGACCGGGCUGCAGUUCGACGAGAGCUUCAGCGUGGGCCAGAGCGAGUGCGCCAAUGCCAUCGAGAAAGCAGUUUUGCCCCCCGAGCGCAAGAAGAACAAGGGCGCGCUGGCCGCCGACGAGGAGAAGGGGCCGCACAGGGCGAUGCUCGGUGCAGUUGGGUGUCCUUCCGAGCAGUCGGGGCCCAUGCGUUCAGCCGACGCCCGCCUCCUGCUUGGCGCGAUCCCUUCACCCGCAGUGCAGACCAUCAAUGAGACGAGCCGUCCGGUCGAUCGUGUGCGAGAAUGCGCGGACCUCCCCAUAGUGAUCCAUUGCCACUCCCGGGCCCGGGUGCUCGUGCCCAUCGAGUGGUCCGACUCCUCAGAGUCCAACCGGCCAGACGGGAAGUCUACCAAGGGCCUGGUCUGUUGGAUGGCCCCGCUGAAGAAUCCCCAGGGGGGCGAAGCGGACGUGGGCAUGAUAUCCUGGAAGUCAGGCAAGAUAGACCGUGGAUGCCGGAGCUCAGUCGCAUUUGAAAUGAGGUCCGCAGUGGACGGAGAAGUUGAGCUGUUCGGAGUCAAGCUACAGUGGCUAGAGAUCCCGGGCAAAAGCGUCGACUGGCGGAUCCCAGAAGAGGCCUUCUCCAGUCUGCCAGCUGCUGUGGUCGUGGACGCCAAGGGCCUCUGCGACAGGCUACAGACGACCGUGUGCACCUUCUGGGGCAAGGAGAAGCGUGCCGACGUGGAGGCCAUGACCCUGAAGGAGGGGGUUACAGCCGCCAACACCUGGGCCCUCUGGGUACAUCGGGACGCCCA